UUUUUGUAUAUAUUAAUACCAAAUUUAUAAUUUUUUACAAACCGUAAAAAAAUAUAAUGUCUCAAGAAGACAAUGAAAAUUCUUCAGAAUAUAAUGAACUUAAACAACAUCUUUUAAAACUUAAUUAUCAUGAAAAUUUUACUUCAGAAUCAAUACCAUUAAUAAAAAGACUUUUAAAUGGUUUAUAUACUAUCACGGAAAAUUAUCAAAUAUUACAUUCACAUUCACAAAAAGUUGAAAAAGAAAAAUGGGAACUACAUUGUCAAGUUUAGUUUAUUUUUUUUUUUUUAAAAAAAAAAAAGUUUUUAAUUAAUGAUAUUACAUAUAUUUUAAACGUGUAGAACCUCUUAAACGGUCACUUGCAGCUAUAACAAA